AGACGCUAGAGCUCAGUAAAGUUUUGCUUCCCGGCUUCUCUUGUUGAGUUGUUAAAUACAUCGAUAACAAGUUAUUUAUUUCGCGCAAGGACUAAAAAGUCUUUGCGUUUGUUAUCAGAUUCAACAAGUCCGUCGAAAAUUCUUCUCGAAAAUAAAAAACUGUAUAUAUUGGGGCCAGAGGUUCCCUGACAAUAAGUCACUCUCGCCCCAUAAAUAUAUAUACAUAAAAUUAUAUUUUUUUAUUAUAAAGUAUUUUUUAUAUAAAUUUAUCGAUUUCUCUUGAAUAUUUCAUCAUUAUAAUCAUCAUCAUGUUUACUAUAAUGACUUACCGUGCAGCUCAACAGCCUUACCAGGUUUCAUGGACCGAACAACAUUCAAACUACUCUUCUCGACCCGUCCGAGAAACUCCGUCCGGAAGCCGUGUAUGCGGGAAAAUUGGAGAGUCAGUUCAGAAAUUAUUCCGAAGAUCCAACAGAUCCAAUUAAAGAAAGAGUUAGAACUACCUAUCAAAAUAUGCAUACUAACCAGACUGUUGAUUUUGUACGAUCUCGUAUGAAUCAUUGGCUUAAAUUUGACAAAUUCAAGAUGACUGUAAAAGAAGCUUUAAUUAAAUUAAAUGACCUUGUGGAUGAAAGUGAUCCUGAUACUUCAUUACCAAACAUCAUUCAUGCUUUUCAAACUGCUGAAUCGAUCAGAGAACAACAUCGGGAUUUAGAUUGGUUUCAAUUGACUGGAUUAAUUCAUGAUUUAGGCAAGGUGAUGGCAUUUUAUGGUGAGCCACAAUGGGCUGUUGUUGGUGACACAUUUCCUGUUGGUUGUGCUUGGGCAGAUUCAAUUGUUUACAGAGAUACAAGUUUUGACAAUAAUCCAGAUGGCAAUGACAAACGCUACAAUACAAAAUUGGGUAUGUAUAAGGCUAAAUGUGGUAUUGAUAAUCUGAUGAUGUCUUGGGGACACGAUGAAUAUUUAUAUCGUGUUCUUAAACAUAAUAACAGUACACUACCAGAUGAAGGAUUAGCUAUGAUACGAUACCACUCAUUUUAUCCAUGGCAUGCUUGCGGAGACUACGCUUAUUUCUGCACUGAUAAGGACCAUAAAAUGCUCAAAUGGAUAAGAGAAUUCAACAAACACGACCUGUAUACAAAGAGUGAAAAAAUACCAGAUAUCGAAAAACUUUGGCCUUACUAUGAACAGUUAAUUGAUAAAUAUAUCCCUGGAGUUCUCGAGUGGUGAAGAAAACAAUAGAUGGAUCUACUUUUUUUCUUAAAAAAAACUCUUACCUAAAAAGAAAAAAAAACAAGUAAAAUGAAAUAUCAAACAAUGAAAAUAAAUUUGUCUUUGUAAACUUU